AUGGACGUUCAAAAGGUAUCCAGUGAGGAUUGGUUCACUUCAUUGCUGCGGCAAUGGGAGCAAAGCGCAGCACGAGCACAACGGCGUAAGGGGCAACUGGUGCGCGACCACCCUCCCAGCAAUCAGCUCGUGUCACAGUUCAUGAUGAAACUGCAAAUGGCUUCUUCCAAGCAAGAGUUGUGGUCAGGCACCAUGGCCACGUCGCAACUCCCUCCACCCUACGCUCCUUGCGUACGGCCCAUGAGCGAGCUUGAACAUAUCGCCAUUUCCGACAUGAAGCUUGAGACACACCAUCGAGGCAUGAGAACAGCGCUUCGCGUCCUCACGCCACCGGAUCGUAUGACAGCCGUCAUGGCUAUCGUGGAGGACGAGCAGGGGACGGCCCUGUUGCUCCAAUUGUACUAUCAGCCGGACGAAUCGGUCGUGCCCGCCAAGGAGAUCAUGCAGCUUGGCGACGUUUUCAUUCUCAAGGAGCCCUUCUUCAAGAUUGCAACCGAUGGCUCAUACACACUGCGGGUUGAUCACCUUGGCGACAUUGUUCGGUUGGCGAAUGGCGAUGAUCGCAUACCAUUACAGUGGAGAAAGCAGCCUCCAACUCUCAAGCAAUCGAGCAAAGACAUCCGACUUCAGGGAAAUGAAGCAGUACAGAAGAAGGAAUGGGCUAAGGCACAUCGCCUAUACACGUUUGCCAUUCAGACUGCGGAGACACCCGACGAGGAACAGCUGGCUAGUCUGAACCGCUCGUUAGCAAACAUGAGACUUGGACGGCCAGCGGAAGCUUUGUCGGACGCUAGACGGUGUAACAGCCCUUCUGAACCUUCCGAGAAGGGUCUCUUCCGGGAGGCGCGGGCUCUGUAUGAGCUGGGGUACUUUGAUCAGUCACUCGAGAGGCUCGAGAGUCUCACUGCUCUCUAUCCAAACAAUACAGCCGCGAAGCCCGAGAUACAGCGAGUUAAGGCUCGCUUGCGCGAACAGCAUACGGGUAUCUACUCUUUCCGUCAGAUGUACAAACAGGCCCAAGAGGUGCCUCCAUUGAUCGACUGCGCUACCUUCUCCGCGCCCGUCGAGGUACGCGCAUCGCCUGGAAGGGGCAACGGCCUCUUUACGGUAGUCCCGGUUUCUGCCGGGCAGCUGCUCAUCUGUGAGAAAGCUUUUGGAUACGCCUUUGCUGACAAAGACCAUCCUGAGACCAUGAACCUCCUGAUCAACAUGGCUACAAAGAAAGGUGUCGUGGGAGGCCAAGCCCGCCUUCUCAACCAGCUCAUACAGAAGAUGUACCAUGAUCCUUGGGCACAGAAGUCAUACCACGAAUUGCACCAUGGAGAGCAUGCAGUCCCUUCUGUCUCGGACGUUGAUGGACACUCCGUGAUCGACUCCUCUCUGGUCGCUCAGAUCCAGUCUCUCAAUGCCUUUGGCGCGCCGAAGACCUCCCGCGAUUCAUUCUCACGAAAGAUCGCUAGCAACGGAGGCCAAUGGACCGUUCAGGAGAGCGAAUUCGCAACGACCGGGCUCUGGCUGUUGGCCUCGCGGAUCAACCACUCGUGCAUAGGCAACUGUCGCCGUUCCUUCAUCGGGGACAUGCAAAUCAUCCGCGCGACAAGAGACCUCGAAGCCGGCACCGAGCUCCUCUUCGCUUAUCGGGCGCCGCAGCAUCUGGAGUCCUAUGCCGAUGUUCAGAAAGGCCUCAGCUCAUGGGGCUUCAUGUGCAACUGCGAGCUUUGCCUUAGCAGAAAGGAAACCACUGACAAGACGCUUGCCCAUCGCAAAGCCCUUACCAAGCAAUUGUCAAAGGUUCUCAACAGUCACCAAGGAACGGUUAUCCCAGCUGUGAAGCGAAUUCUUUUGCAAAUGGAGAACACCCACUCGCCGGGUGUUCCCGAAGAUAUCCGUCUGGAUCUGUGGGACCCGUACUUCGCGUUGGGUGCCGUCUUGCUCUCGGGAGGCAAGCCUGCGGAGUGCAUUCAGAUGAUAGUCAAAGGCAUGGAGACGCUGGGUUUUGGCAUUACGACAACUGCUAAUGGCAAGAUGGCAUUCCAGGUCACGCGCUGGGGGUACCUGACUGACAUGACGCCGUGGGCGUUUCUCCAUAUCUACAGAGCUUACGAGAGGCUGGCUCCGGAGCUUUGCGUGGCUGCCAAACAAUAUGCUGGCAUGGCUUACAGUAUCCUGGUAGGCGAAGAGGAGACUCUAGGGGACGAGUUUCCACAGCUCGCGUAG